AUGUUGACUGUCUUAGCAAAAAUGCAUGGAAUCCUUCCACAUUUCCCAAGAGACGGUAGCGUACAUAGUGCCGAUGAAGCAGCCGCUGCUCUGCUGGUAAAAUACGCACAGAUUUUCGAACUCACAGUUCGUUCCUGUCACACACCUUCAUUCACUUUACCGACUCUAUUUAUUGCACGUGUAAUCUUCAACCCAGCAAAUGUGCCAAGGAAUUCGCUCUCACUGCGUGGUCACAGCUGUCCGGGAGCCGACAACAUUCGCCCGAUGGAACUUUUAGCUGCAGUCACUAAACCAACUGAGCUCUUGUCGCGCUUCAAUGAACAACUAGUCCCACCAUGUGAACGAAUG